CCCCGGGCAGCCGGAGAAGGAGCCGGAGCCCGGCCGGGAUGAGAAGGUGACGCCGCCGGGGGGCGCCACUCGCUUUGUGGGGGAAGAUGCUCGCCUACUGCGUGCAGGAUGCUACCGUGGUGGACGUGGAGAAGCGGAGGAACCCUUCCAAGCACUAUGUAUACAUCAUCAACGUGACCUGGUCCGACUCCACCUGCCAGACCAUCUACCGGAGAUACAGCAAGUUCUUUGACCUGCAGAUGCAGCUUUUGGAUAAGUUUCCCAUUGAAGGUGGCCAGAAGGACCCCAAGCAAAGGAUCAUCCCCUUCCUCCCAGGCAAGAUCCUCUUCCGGAGAAGUCACAUCCGGGAUGUAGCUGUGAAGAGGCUGAAGCCCAUUGAUGAGUACUGCCGGGCACUUGUCCGGCUGCCUCCCCACAUUUCUCAGUGCGAUGAAGUCUUUCGGUUCUUUGAGGCCCGACCAGAGGAUGUCAACCCCCCAAAAGAGGACUAUGGCAGUUCCAAGAGGAAAUCAGUGUGGCUCUCCAGCUGGGCUGAGUCUCCCAAGAAGGACGUGACAGGUGCCGACACCAACGCCGAGCCCAUGAUCCUGGAACAGUAUGUGGUGGUGUCCAACUAUAAGAAGCAGGAGAACUCGGAGCUGAGCCUCCAGGCGGGGGAGGUGGUGGACGUCAUCGAGAAGAACGAAAGUGGCUGGUGGUUUGUGAGCACCUCUGAGGAGCAGGGCUGGGUCCCUGCCACCUACCUGGAGGCCCAGAAUGGCACUCGGGAUGACUCAGACAUCAACACCUCCAAGACUGGGGAAGUUUCCAAGAGACGCAAGGCCCAUCUGCGGCGCCUGGAUCGCCGGUGGACCCUGGGCGGGAUGGUCAACAGGCAGCACAGCCGAGAGGAGAAAUAUGUCACUGUGCAGCCAUAUACCAGCCAAAGCAAGGACGAAAUUGGCUUUGAGAAGGGGGUCACCGUGGAGGUGAUCCGGAAGAACUUGGAGGGCUGGUGGUACAUCAGAUACCUGGGCAAAGAGGGCUGGGCCCCAGCGUCCUACCUGAAGAAGGCCAAAGAUGACCUGCCAGCCCGGAAGAAGAACCUGGCAGGCCCUGUGGAGAUCAUUGGGAACAUCAUGGAGAUCAGCAACCUGCUGAACAAGAAGGCAUCUGGAGACAAGGAGACUCCACCAGCUGAAGGGGAGGGCCCCGAGGCCCCCAUUGCCAAGAAGGAGAUCAGCUUACCCAUCCUCUGCAAUGCCUCCAACGGCAGCGCCCUGGGUGUCCCCGAGAGGACCGUCUCUAAGCUGGCUCAGGGAUCUCCAGCUAUAGCCAGGAUUGCCCCUCAGAGGGCCCAGAUCAGCUCUCCAAACCUAAGGACAAGGCCUCCACCACGCAGAGAAUCCAGCCUGGGAUUCCAACUGCCGAAGCCACCAGAGCCCCCUUCUGUUGAGGUGGAGUACUACACCAUCGCCGAAUUCCAGUCAUGCAUUUCUGAUGGCAUCAGCUUUCGGGGUGGACAAAAGGCAGAGGUUAUCGAUAAGAACUCAGGUGGCUGGUGGUAUGUGCAGAUUGGUGAGAAGGAAGGCUGGGCACCUGCAUCAUACAUCGAUAAACGCAAGAAGCCCAACCUGAGCCGCCGCACGAGCACACUGACCCGACCCAAGGUGCCUCCACCAGCACCACCCAGCAAGCCCAAAGAGGCUGAGGAGGGUCCUGCAGGUACUGGUGAGACCCAGGACUCCCCACAGAAGUUCAAGUAUGAGGAGCCCGAGUAUGACAUCCCUGCAUUGGGCUUUGACUCAGAGCCAGAGAUGAACGAGGAGCCGGCAGAAGACAGAGCCUUAGGGGACCGACGGCCCACCCAGCCCUGCAAACCCUCACCCGCCUCCUCACUGCAGCGGGCCCGCUUCAAAGUGGGCGAGUCUUCAGAGGAUGUGGCCCUGGAGGAGGAGACAAUCUAUGAAAACGAGGGCUUCCGGCCAUGUGCAGAGGACACUCUGUCAGCCAGGGGCUCCUCUGGGGACAGCGACUCCCCAGGGGGCUCUUCUCUGUCCCUUGCCAGGAAAAACUCACCCAAGUCAGGCUCACCCAAGUCGUCAUCUCUCCUGAAGCUCAAGGCAGAGAAGAACGCCCAGGCAGAACUGGGGAAGAACCACUCCUCAGCCUCCUUUUCCUCCUCCAUCACCAUCAAUACCACCUGCUCCUCUUCCUCCUCCUCUUCCUCCCUGUCUAAGAACAGUGGUGACCUGAAGCCCCGCUCAGCCUCGGACGCAGGCAUCCGUGGCACUCCCAAGGUCGGGGCAAAAAAGGAUGCUGAUGUGAAGGCUGGGCUGACCUGUACCCGGGCCAAGCCAUCGGUCCGGCCCAAACCGUUCCUGAACCGGGCUGAGUCACAGAGCCAAGAGAAGAUGGACAUCAGCACUUUACGGCGCCAACUGAGGCCCACAGGCCAGCUCCGGGGAGGUCUCAGGGGCUCAAAGAGUGAGGACUCAGAGCUGCCCCCUCAGACAGCCUCUGAGGGUCCCAAUGAGGGACCUAGGAGAGGCUCAGCUGACCUUAUCACACCCUCCGCCACCACUCCCCUGUGUCCCACCAAGAAGGAAGGGGAAGGGCAGGCCACCUUCUACAUGACAUGUAGUGCCUACCAGAAAGUCCAGGACUCGGAGAUCAGCUUCCCUGCAGGUGUAGAGGUACAAGUGCUUGAGAAACUAGAAAGUGGGUGGUGGUAUGUGAGGUUUGGGGAGCUGGAGGGCUGGGCCCCCUCCCACUAUUUGGUGCUUAACGAGAGCGAGCGAGCCGACCCUGCUGGCAAAGAGCUGGAUGCAGUAACUACCAAAAGCAAACAGAACGAGGGCAAGUCAGACAGCCUGGAGAAGAUGGAGAGGCGUGUGCAAGCACUGAACACUGUCAAUCAGAGCAAGAGGGCUACGCCGCCCAUCCCCUCCAAGCCCCCUGGGGGCUUCAGCAAGACCUCAGGUGCCGCAGCCGUGAAGAUGAGGAAUGGUGUGCGGCAGGUGGCAGUCAGGCCCCAGUCGGUGUUUGUAUCCCCACCACCCAAGGACAACAACCUGUCCUGUGCCCUGAGGAGGAAUGAGUCACUCACAGCCACUGAUGGCCUCCGUGUUGUCCGCCGGAACUCUUCCUUUAGCACUGCUCGCUCAGCGGCCGCAGAGGCCAAGGGCCGCCUGGCUGAACGGGCUGCCAGCCAGGGCUCAGACUCACCCCUGCUGCCCACUCAGCGUAAUGGCAUCCCCAUGUCACCUGUGCGCCCCAAGCCCAUCGAGAAGUCCCAGUUCAUCCACAAUAACCUCAAAGACGUGUACAUCUCUAUUGCAGACUAUGAGGGUGAUGAGGAGACAGCAGGCUUCCAGGAGGGAGUAUCCAUGGAGGUUCUGGAGAGGAACCCCAACGGCUGGUGGUAUUGCCAGAUCCUGGAUGGAGUGAAGCCCUUCAAGGGCUGGGUACCCUCCAACUACCUUGAGAAAAAGAACUGAUGGGAGCAUGGUGUCCUUCCAGCCUCGGUUUGCCACUGUAGCUAACCCUGGCUAAGCAGUGAUAUGAAAACAGAAGGAAAAGGUGGGAGGGGUGGGGGUUGUAUGACACAAAUCCCUGCAAAAUGUGUGACCUCAGAGAUGCCCCUCCAGGCUGGAAGUGGGGGAUGAUGAGGACCCACAUUGAGUAGGGAACAAAGGGCCAGGGAAUCCCAGGCCUGGGACCCAGAGCUAAGAAAGCUGAAA